UUGUUUUCUUCGAACCCUAUUAAACCCUCAAGAAAAGUCUUCAAACCAAAUAACACUUUCAAUUAAAAAAAAAAUAUAAAUCUUCUGUAAAUAACAAAAACCCUAGAGACGAAAACUCAAAACAUGGGUCUGAUUAGCAAAGAAGAAGUUAGCAAAACAAGAAGAUAUUCAUCUUCUUUAUGGAGAGGAGUCAAGACUAUCUUCGUUCUCUUCACUAUGCUCCUCUCUUUCAUCCUCUUCUCUGCUCCUAUCUUCCUCGCCGUCGCAGACGCCAUCCUCCCCUCCGCCAUCCUCUCCUCCUCCUCCUCUCUCCCACGUCUUUCUCCGGCGACUGUUUCUUCUCAUCUAAGCAACUAUGACUUUAGAUACUCCCUCAUCGAUAUUCCUCUCAUCUCCAUCAUAAGAUCUGCCAUUAUAUUAUGUGUUUAUGGGCUAUGUGACGGACCAAAGUUAUCACGGGGUCCAUAUCUUACAAUAACCAUGUUCUGUUCGAUAUCUUCAUUGAUCUACGUGUCUUGUAAGGCAGCGUUUGUGUUUGGUGAGCCAAUGAUUGGAGGAGGAAGUUUCAGAACAGAGGAAGUGGCUCUGUUUGUGUGUUCGUCGGUUUUAGCCAUUGGUCAUAUCGUUGUGGCGUAUAGAACAAGUUGUAGAGAGAGAAAAAAGCUACUAGUCUUCAAGAUCGACAUAGAAUCCGUUUCAGCUUGUAAAAAUGUGUUUCCCCGGUACCAGAAGAUCCUCCUACAAGAGAGACUCAAAUAGCUAAUAGCAGAAGACAAACGACACUUGUACAUAUUUAUACUUCCAAUACAGCUUUAUGUAUAUAGAUAUACGUAUCAAAUGCAACAUCU